GUAGGAAGGGAUUGAGGCUGCGUUCUUGCAGCUAACCCCCAGCAGCUCAGCUCUGUGUUGUCACCGGGAAACAAGCGACCAUCCAGGCUGAGGCAGCCCAGAUCUGUUCUGCUUCCUGUCUGAAAUAAAAGGGAAAGGACAGCUGUGGUUCCCCCUCUUCCCUCGGUUUCUUUUUCCACUGUGGAUGGACUGUCAUCCUCUGCUCAGAAAACAGACAGAUAGACAGACAGAGGCUCACAACAAGCUCACUAUGUGAAGGGCAUAAGGAGGGAGGUGGCGAGCAUGUGACUGGAGAAUGGCUCACUAUAAGGAUGUAACUGUCAAAAAGAGCUCUUCUCUUAACUUGGUGACGGGAUUCUUUCAGUAUCUCCGUGAUGAGCAAGAAGCAGUACAGAAGAGGACUUUUACUAAAUGGAUCAAUUCCCACUUGACAAAGCGUAAACCACCUCUAGAGGUCACCGACCUUUUCGAGGACAUCAAAGAUGGGGUGAAACUGUUAGCUCUAUUGGAGGUGCUGUCUGGACAGAGACUGCCGUGUGAGCAGGGCCGCCAGUUGAAGAGGAUCCACUGGGUAUCCAACAUCGGCACCGCCCUCAGGUUCCUAGAAGGCAGGAAGAUCAAGCUAGUCAACAUCCAUGCCACUGAUAUAGCAGACGGUCGACCAUCCAUUGUCCUGGGGUUGAUUUGGACUGUCAUCCUCUACUUCCAGAUCGAGGAGUUGACCAGUAACCUGCUAGCCCUGGAGGCACUGUCCAGCAGUACCUCCUCAGUGGACAGCAUGGCCAGUAGCUCAGAGACAGGCAGUCCCGCCUUAAAGAGGGAGGUGGCACCCAAGAAGUUCCAGGGCAAUGCCAAGAAGGCCCUCCUCAGAUGGGUACAGAGCACUGCUGCCAAUGGUCAGGGCAUCGAGGUAAAGGACUUUGGUGCCAGUUGGCGUAGCGGUGUGGCGUUCCACUCUGUGGUCCAUGCCAUCCGCCCAGACCUGGUGGACAUGGAGGUGGUGAGGAGGAGGAGCAACCGGGAGAAUCUGGAGGAAGCCUUCUCAUUGGCCGAGAACGAGCUGGGCAUUCCACGCCUACUGGACCCAGAAGACGUGGAUGUAGAUAAACCGGAUGAGAAGUCCAUCAUGACAUAUGUUGCUCAGUUCCUCAAGCACUAUCCCAACCCCCACCACUCUGAGACAGAUGGACAGGGAGAAGAGAGAGAAGAACGGAAGGUUCUGAGGGAGCUGAAGGUGUGGCUGGAACAGUUGGAGAGAGACAUGCUGCAAGUGCAGGGGUCAGAGGGCAACAUCACCGACAAGUACCAGGGCUUCAAGAGUUUCCGUGUGCAGUAUGAGAUAAAGAUGAAGCAGACAGAGCCGCUGCUGCAGCCGGUACACAAAGAUGGAAAAUUGUCUGUAGACCAGGCCCUGGUCAAGCAGGCGUGGGAACACAUCUCUAGCACGCUCCUGGACUGGCACAUCCAUCUGGAUAAGUCAUUGCCUGGUCCCCUGGGGGUGAUCGGAGCCUUGCUGCAUCGAGCUGAGAUCGCCCAGAGAGAGGAGAUUCCCAUCCAACAAGCCCAUGAAGAGACAGCCAAUGUGAUCCAGAGGAAGCUGGAACAGCACAAGGAGAUCCUGAAGAACUUGGAGUCCCACAAACAGACGUUCCAGCAGAUCCACCGAGAAAGAUCAGUAAACGGGGUCCCUGUCCCCCCCGAACAUCUCCAAGACAUGGCUGAAAGAUUCAAUUACGUGUCCACAUCAUCUUAUGCCCACCUGAUCAAACUGGAAUUCUGGGAGAUCAAGUACCGUCUGAUGGCGUUCCUCAUCCUGGCUGAGUCUAAGCUCAAGUCCUGGAUCAUCAAAUAUGGCCGCCGUGACUCUGUGGAACUACUGCUACAGAGCUACAUUAUCUUCAUCGAGGGACACAUGUUCUUCGAACAGUAUGAGACAACAUUUAAGGCACUCAGGCAAUCUGCAGAUGUCUACGUCAAGUCUGAUGGUUCAUCUGAGGAAGCGGAAGGUGUGGGUAAGUUCCUGUCGGAUGCGUCGGCCCAGUGGAGGAACCUGUCGGUGGAGGUGCGUAGCGUCCGUAGCAUGCUGGAGGAGGUCAUCUCUAACUGGGAGAAGUACAGCAGUACGGUGGCCGGACUGCAGGCCUGGCUGGAGGACGCAGAGCAGAUGCUCAACCAGUCAGAGAAUGACAAACGGGACUUCUUCCGGAACCUUCCUCACUGGAUCCAGCAGCACCUGGACAUGAACGAUGCAGGGAACUUCCUGAUUGAGACGUGCGAUGAGACCGUCUCCAGAGACCUGAAGCAGCAGCUGCUCAUUCUCAACGGGAGGUGGAGGGAGCUGUUUGUUAAAGUCAAACAUUAUGCUAGAGUGGACGAGGUGGACAAGUGGAAGCAGGACUAUCAGGACUGUAUCGCUACUCUCAAAACUUUUAUGGAUGCAACCAACGACAAGAUGACUGCCCCUGUCCAAGUGUCCUUCCUGAACGUCAGGACAUUCGUUCAAGAUGUUGAGGACAUCAAGAACAAGGUCCCGGCCAUGGAGGCAGCCUGUAAGACAGCCAGCCGCACCGCCCAGCUGCUGGUCAAAGACACACCCGCGGAGGAGGUCUCUACCAUGCUGGCUGUCAUGGCUUCUAUCAAGGAGGAGAUGAGCAAGAUAAAGGAGCGGUCUCUGCCGCUGCUACGGGAUGCCCAGUCCCUGCUGCCUGCUCUGGAGGAGAUGGAGAAGAACAUCACAGGGUUCUACCAGGCCCUGGAGAAGGCUAGCCGCAUCACUUGCUCCAGGGACUCGGAGGCCCACGGGGACUUCAAACAGAAAUGCCAGGAGCUGGUGACCUUCACCCAGAGCUGUAAGAAGUGUCUGACUGUGAUAGAGAAUAACCAUCAGAGUGUCCAGAGAACCCUGGACAGCAGUAAGACCCUACAGCACCUGGACAUGGCCCUGCUGGAGAAGAGAGUCGCCGACCUCCAAGCCUCCUCACAGGCAAUGAUCAACGAGUCUACUGAGUGGAAGAAUCACGUGGAGGUCAACAGCAGCUUAAUGAAGAGGUUUGAUGAGUCCCGUGGCGAGCUGGAGAAGGUGCUGAAAGUCGCUCAGGCUUUUCUAAAUGAGAGAGGCAACCCAGAAGAUCUGCUAAAAAAACACACGGAGUUCUUUGGGCAGCUGGACCAGCAGGUCCUCGGUGCGUUCCUGAAGACCUGUGAUGAACUGACAGACACAGUGCCUAGGGAGGAGCAGCAGAGUCUGCAGGAGACAGUCAGGAAACUGCACAAACACUGGAAGGAUGUCCAGACAGAGGCUCCCUACCACCUGCUUCAUCUGAAGGUAGAGGUGGAACGGAGCAAGCUAAUGGUCUCCAUGCAGGAGUGUCAGUCAGAGCUGACCAGAGAGAACAGACACCUGGUUGGCAUGGGGAGUGAGAGGCUGAUCAAGGAACACAGGGACUUCUUCAGGGAGAAGGGUCCUCAGUCUCUGUGUGAGAAGAAACUACAACUGAUAGAGGAACUGUGUCAGAAGCUUCCAGACAGCAACCCAGCCCACCAGACCCUGGACAGCUCUAAGAAGGCCUACUCUGAGCUCUGGGAGGAGAUAGAUAGCACCCAUCACAAUCUGAUGCAGCACCCUGAUAAGUGGGAGGAGUUUAACACCAGGUUCUCCGAGUUGUCAGCCUGGCUUUCGUCUAAAGAGAGCCAACUCAGACUGCUCAGGGACAGAGCCAACGACCCCAGCAAGCACGGACAGGUCAAGGCCACCAUCACAGAGCUGAGGAACGAUGCAGAGCUGCAGGAGGGGAACCUGGGCUGGCUGAAGUCCCGGCUGGCUGUGCUCAUAGAGAUCUGCUCCGAGACGGAUGCACAGAGUCAGGCUGGGGCAAUCAAUAAACUUUCCACCAACUUCAAGGGCCUCCUCUCCUAUCUCACUGAGUCUGAGAAGGUGGUGCUGGCGGUGGGGGACUGUGUGCAGUUCAGGGAGGGGGUGCGUGGUGCACUGGAUGAGCUGGUGCAGGGUCAGCAGGAGGUACACCUGGAGGUGACCAGGAUACUGGACUCUGAGACCGUCAGGGAGGCCCAGCAAUUGCUCCAGGUUCACCAGGAACAACUGAAGCGUCUGCGUAUGAAGAGGAAGGAUGUGCGGCAGCAGAUUGCUAGGGGCCGUCAGCUACAGGCUGAGGAGGGGCUGGGGGAGACCUUACAGCUGGACCUGCAGAGUCUGGAGACAACACUCAGCAAUAUGGACCACACCAUGGACUCACAGGAGAAGGAGUUAGAGGUGACUCUGUCUUCGUGGCAGGAGUUUGACAGCCAGCAGAGGACAGUGCAGGAGUUUGUUACCAGGGCGCUCUCUGUCAUGGACAGAGACCUGAACUUUAGCAGCCCAGAGAGCCUGGCUACUGAACUGGACCAGGCCAGGGUGCUUUUAAAGCAGAGUGAAGCAGAAGCCUGCAUGGUGAACACCCUGUUGAGGAAAGCAGCAGAGAUCCAGCUUGGCCCAAAGAACACCACCUUGCUACUGGAGCAAGCCCGCUCCCUCAGCGAACAGCUGGACAAAGUGGAGGCUGGCCUCAAGAAAGACACCAAGGCUCUUGAUGGGAUGAAGAAUCAGUGGACUCGGUUUGGGACAGAGUUUGAGGCCUUCUCCUCGUGGAUCUCUGAGAAAGAGAAAGAAAUGGACGCUCUAAAGAGUUCUGCUGCUCCACUUGGACAACAGAUCAACACAGUAAAGGCCGUGGGUGUGGAGCUGGGGGACAAGGCAGAGGUGUUAUCCCAGCUAGAGGCCCACUCCCAAGCCCUGGCCCAGUUCAUCUCCUCUGGGGAGGCAGCCCGUAUCAAGGCUCGGCUCACCCAGAUCGGCAGAUACUGGGAGGAGCUCAGGGAGAGUGUGGAGCAGCUAGAAGGACUGCUGCAGGAGAGCUCCUCCACACAGCACCGCUUCAACACCAGCCUGGAAGAGGCCAAAACAACACUUGGUGAUCUCCAUAAGAAACUGGACCAUCCUGUCACUUCCUGUACCUCCUCGUCAGAGACCUACAAAUGUCUCCAGAACCACAUGGAUGUGUCCCAGAGCUUGGAGAGCCUGAAGGCAGCCUUGCUGCCACUGUCUGCUGGGGCACGUAGACUCAGUGACAGGGAGCAGGCUGAGAGGGCCGUGGCAGCUCUACAGACCAGCUAUGACCAGAGUCUAGGGCAGGCCAAAGAAAAACAGAACACACUGGAGAAAGUGCUGUCUCUAUGGCAAAAGUAUGAGAAGGAUCGUUCUAGCUUUGUAUCCUGCUUGGAGAGAUGUGAGUCUACAUCCAAACCUGAGAGCCAUUGCCUGCCUGCAGAUAAAACCAAGCUGGAGAGUGAGCUGCAGGACCUGCAGAACUUGCAGUCUGAGUUGGUGUCGCUGGAGCCCCUCCAUGCUGGCCUGGUGGCCUCAGGGACAUCCCUGUACCCCACUGCCCCAGAGGAGAAGGCAAGGCAGCUCAGUGAUGACCUGGAGCAGCUGAAGAAGAGAUGGAACUCCCAGAAUGAACUCAUCCCUCACAGAAUCAAGGAGCUCCAGAGCCAGCUGUUCCAGGUGGAGCAGUUUGACCAGUCCUUGUUGAAGUUCUCUCAGUGGUCUGAGAACCUCCUCUCCACCCUCCACUCAACCUCCCUGGUCAACAUCACUGACCUGCAGCCUGCUGUGGCCCAAGUCAAGGAAACACUAGCAGCUCUUCAGAAGCAGAGUGGUGUGAGGGAGAGCUUGGAGCUCCAGACAGAGGGGCUGUGUGCCUCGUGUGAACCCCAGGAUGCUCAGCUCCUCCAGGGGAGACAGGUCAACAGCCUACAGCCCUACCUGGAGGUCCAGCAGCUGGCUGAGCUCCGGCUGGACUGCCUGGGGAAGCUGGAGGCCUUCUUGGAGACCCACGGUGCGGCUGUGGGGGUACUACGAGGCUUGAGGCAUACGGUGGAGAGUUCAGGGAGCUGGGACCAUGGUCGGGUGGAGGAACUACAGAGAGAACUGGAGGCCAUCGUCCCAGACAUCAGCAGUCUGGAGAUCCUGGCAGCCGGCCUGGACAGCAGCCUCUGUAAAGGCCACCUCCACAUGGUGAGCGGUGUGGAUGGGUCUGGGUCCCGGACGUCGUGCCGGGUGCUUGCUGAUGGUCUCCGCGGCGAGCUGGACACAGUGAGGAAUCUGCUUGGGACCAAGCAGAGCGAGGCAGAGGCCCUGGGAGCGCUAUGGAGCUCCUUCAGACAGAGGAAGGAACAGCUGUUGAAAAACGUGGAGGACAUCAAGGAGAAGGCGGACCACCAGAGCCUGCGAGAACCCAGCCCACUCGCCCUGCAGCAGAGGCUGCGGUUCUUUAACCAGCUGGAGGAUGAGCUCCAGUCUCAAGAACACGAGGAGCAGUGGCUCAGGGACAAGGGUCAGCAACUAGCCCAGAGAGAUGCAGAGCUGGCCGGGGAGGUUCUCAGGGAGAUCAGCCUCUUGGAAACCACCUGGGAGGAUACCAAGAGACUCAUAACUGACAGGCAGGAGCAGUGCAGUGUUCUGGUGGAGCUGAUGAGAGAAUACCAUAACCUGAGGACAUCCAUAGCCGCCACCAUGGAGAACACUGAGGCUGACAUCGGCUCAGCUCUGAAAGACCACGAGGAGACCAAAAAAUUGCUGGCUAAGCAUGAAGCAGUGAAGGCAGAGAUGUUGGCCAAGCAGAGUGAGCUGGACCAGUUCUCCAGUAAGGGAAAACUUCUGCUGUGUGAUCUGAAGAAGAUCCCAGACUGUGAGGCUCAGCUGAUGACGACAGACAUGCAGACUCUAGUAGACCAGUGGCUCGAGGUGUCUGAGAGGAUUGAAAACAACAUUGAGCAUCUGAGCCAGAGCCUGGCGUUGUCGGAUGACGUGCAGCAGAUCAGUGAGGAGAUCGAGGGCUGGACCAACAGCUCAAUGAUGGAACUCAGUGAAAGCCUGAAUAACCUGAUUGGUAGUCAGAGAAUGGAGACCAGACUCUCUGCGUUACAGUUGGAGAUGGGGAAGAAAGAGCACCAGCUUGUGACCCUGCAAGGGAAAGUGUCAGAACUGAAGCAACUCAACUGUAGCCAGGACACUCCCGCCAAACUACAGGUGCUGGAGGCGGACCUGAGGAAAAAGCUGAGCCAGGUGCAGAAGCUAUGUGAGCAGGCCAAGGAAAACCUCAGGGACUUCAGCUCCCAGAGGAAGCAGUUAGAGGACUACAUUACCCAAAUGUCUGAUUGGCUGAAGAGCAUAGAGCAGUCCCUGAUGAGCUCACCGAUUGGCUCUGACCUAGAGGACAUCUGCAGAGUCAAGGAGCUCCAGAAGGACCUUCAGAACCAGCAAGGCAGCAUAGAUUCCACCAGGGAGAGCCUAAACACUCUGUGUCGGAAGUACCCUUCUGAGGAGCUGGCUGGGCUGGGUAGUGCACUCACUGACCUUAUCAAGGGCUAUGAGUCUGUCAACCAGCUUUCCUCUAGGACCCUGGCCUCACUCCAACACGGCCUGCAAAAACACUUCAACGAACUGGUUCGGGAGUUCCAUAGCUGGCUGUCUGGGCAGAGGGAGGUCGUGAAGGAGUGCUCUGACCAAUCAGGAGACACUAGCAUCGUGGAGCGUAAACUCCAGAAGCUAAAGGGGGCACUGGAGCGUGUGGAGGACGGGGAGGUACGUCUGAGUCAGGUGUGUGAGGAAGGGGAGAAGCUCCUGCUCCACCUCCCUAAGGCCAGUGCUGACCAGGUGCAGCAGCACAUCUCCUCCAUCCAGCAAGACUGGGACUGCUAUGUUGAGCAGUGUAGACUCAACCAGCAGGCCCUGGAGGACAGCACUGCACAACUCAAUGGGUUUGAGGGGCGUCUGAAGAGGCUGAGGCAGUGGCUGGAACACAUGGAGCAGAGGGUGACCUCAGAGCUGCCUGAGGAGAAACACAGGGGUCUUGAGAAGGCAACACUGGAGGGGGUGGAGGAAUACCACCAGGAAGUGCUCAAAGAGAGGGACUCUUUCGAGCGACUGUGUCAGGAGUCACAGGUCUUGAAUGAAGGUGGACGGGGCGACGGUGGCGAGACGCGGGCGGCUGCAGGGCUGCAGUCUCAGCACCAGGCUCUGCUGCGGAGGGUGAGGGAGAGGCUGAGGUGCUGCCAGGUAAACCUACAGGAACAGGAAGCAUUUAAGGAGACCCUGCAGAGCACCUGGUCCUGGCUAAACGGGAUGAAGGAACGACUGGGGACCCUCAAUAGUACCCUGGGGAACAAGGUGACGCUAGAGAAGAGACUGGGACUGGUACAGGACAUCCUGCUGAUGAAAGGCGAGGGCGAGGUGAAGCUGAACAUGGCGGUAGGGAAGGGCGAGCAGGUUCUGAAGCACCACAGUGUGGAGGGACAGGAGGCCAUCUCCUCCCAGUUACAGAACCUGAAGGACGCCUGGGCCAGCAUGCUCAUGACCUCCAUGAGUUGUCACAGUCGUCUGGAAUGGACGGUAGCCCAAUGGAGUAACUACCAGGAUAGUAAGGGGCAGCUGCAGCAGUGGAUGGAGUCUGUGGAGCAGGAGGUGGGUCUGGCCCUGGACCAGCAGCCAGGCCUGAAGGAGAAGGCCUAUCUCCUGGAGCGUCUCAGAGCCCUCCAGGCUGACGUGGAGGCCCACGCAGCACCACUGGCCAGGCUGACAGAGACGGCUGCAGAGCUACAUGAGAAGACAGGUGACCAGGCCUUUGGACCAGAGCAGAGAAUGGAACUCAAUGCACACUUCGCUGACAUUACCGCUGUCGUCAAGGGUAAGGUUCAGGCCAUGGAGAACAGAGUGACAGAGCAUGAGCACUACCUGGAAGCUGUGAGGGACUUCAAUGAUUGGCUGGCUUCUGCCAAGGAGGAGCUCCAGCGCUGGUCUGACCUGUCAGGAGACUCCACCUCUGUAAACAGGAAACUUGCCAAAGUCCAGGAGCUGAUAGACUCCAGGCAGCGUGGCCGAGAGCGUCUGAGCCGGGUGCAGCGUUGUGGGGCUGCAACGAGGGACCACACUGGCUCCGCGGGCUUCGAGGCAGUGGAGAGGGAGGAGGCAGCCCUGCUGUCUGCCUGGGAGCAGUGGGAGCGUGGGGCACUGCAGAACAGGGCAGGCCUGGAGACUGCUCUCUCCCAACUCGCCAGCUCCGAACAGGAGUUUAACUGCUUGGCUGCUCAGCUGGAGGUGGACCUGCAGGAGUUUAGCAGUCAGCUACAGGAGUGGAGACACAGGCUCUCUCAUGCAGAGGGGAAAAACAGUAGGGAGGAGGCUGUGCAGGGCUGGCAGAUUGCAAAGGACACUCUGGAAGGUCUAGUCAAAAUGGAGCCCAUGUCAGACAGUCUGAAGUUCCAGCUCAACGGUCUGUGUCGGUUCUCCAAGGACCUGGGUACUCAGUCAGAGAGAGUGUCCUCCCUUAUCAAGGAGUACAACAGGCUGAGCCUGCAGGCCUCCAGAGAAUGCCAAAACAAAGAGAAGCUUCUGGAGCAGCAGUUCCGUGCCACUUUCCGAGAGUUCCAGCAGUGGCUGGUCAAUGCCAAAAUCAACACAGCCAAGUGCUUUGAUGUGCCUCAGAACCUCAGUGAGGCUUCCUCCAGCCUGCAGAAGAUACAGGAGUUCCUGAGUGACAGGGAGCAGGGCCACUCCAAACUAAAUGCUGUGGUGCUUAGUGGUGAGCUGGUGGUCAGUAUCGCUGCCAAGGACAGAGUAGAUGCUGUCCGGGCCAAAAUGAGCAGUGCCAGAGAAGACUGGAAGACUCUGAUGUCCAACUUGCACCAGAGGGAGACUGCCCUACAGAACCUCCAGUCUCAGAUGAAGGACUUUGAGGCGAGUGUGGAGCCUCUUCAGGAGUGGCUGAACGGGACAGAGGUUGCUGUACAGGAGAGCAGCACACGACUCCAUGACCUCACUGCCAAAAAGCAGGAGUUGCACAAGCUGCAGGAGAAGGCUUCCCGUAUCGACCGUAUCGUCAAUGAGCACCAGCUCUUCUCCCAGGGGCUGAAAGAGCUGCAGAACUGGGUGGCCGACACCAGCCACAUGCUGCAGACCUACCGCACUCCCACAGCAGACAAAAAUGUCCUAGACAGCAGGAUGAUCAAGCUGGAGGCGUUGCUGACAGCACGUCAGGAGAAGGAGAUCCAGCUGAAGAUGCUGGUCACAAGGGGAGAGUCUGUCCAGAGGAAUACAUCAGUAGAGGGUGUACCAGUAGUCUGCAAGAACAUCCAGGACCUCAAAGACUCCUGGGAUACCCUGCUUUCCGCCUCCAUCCAAUGCAAAAGCCAGUUGGAGGGAGCCCUCUCCCAGUGGACCAGCUACCAGGAGGACGUGUGUCAGUUUGUGGGCUGGGUGGAGCGAGUUGAGGAGAGCCUGGACCCAAGAGACAAACAAUGCUCAGAGAUGAGAGACAAAACUGCCAACCUGGGCAAAGCCAAGCUUCUCUAUGAGGAGGUUCUUAGCCACAGCAGUCUACUGGACACCAUCACCGUGAAGGGAGCCAACAUGGCGGAACACUACGUCACCCAGCUAGAGCUCCAGGACCUGCAGGAACGAUACCACACCGUCAAGGACAACACCAAGACUGCGGUGGGGAAGGCAGAAGAGCUGGUGCAGGUCCACCAGGAGUACGAGAGAGGCCUAAAUGUGUUUGAGGCGUGGCUGGAGCAGGAGCAGGAGAAACUGGGCUGCUACACACAGCUAGAGGGGGAUGUGGACACUCUGGAGGAGACGCUUCAGAAACUACAGGAGCUGCAGGUCCAGUGCACGGAGGGCCAGGCCCUACUCAACACCCUACUGGACAGUAGAGACCAGGUUGUGCCCUGGGGUGUCCCCCAAAUAGAGGACCGGGUCCUGGAGACCUUGCAGCAGAACUGGAAUCUGUACCAGGGUAAGCUGGGAGACACCAGGACCCAGCUCAACAGUACCCUGGCCAAGCUCCGCCAGAUGGAGCAAAGGUUUCAGGGUCUGGACAGCUGGCUGAAUAGCAUGGAGAGCAAAGGUCAACUGAGGAGUCAUCGCCGGUCGGACCGUGCCACCAAGGACGCUCAACUCCAACUGAUAAAGAGUUGGCAGGAGGAGGUGCUAGUGUACCAGGAGGAGGUGGAGGGUCUGAGUGUUCUAGCCCAGCAGGUCAUAGAUGAGACCCACAUCAGCAGCCGGGUCAGCACCAGAGCUACCCAGCUCACCUCCCGCUACCACGCCCUGCUACUGCACCUACUGGAGAGCAUCAAGCAACUACAGGUGGAGGUGUGUUGCAUCGAGGAGGCCCAGAAUGUGUUCAGGACCUUCUCUGAUUGGCUGAGCUCGGCCAAGAACAACUUCAGCACCAUGGCCAUCAGCAUCAGUGUAGUAGACCGUCUUACCAUGGAGAGGAAGAUGAAGACACUGGAGGCUCUUCAGGGUGACAUGGAGCAGGGCCACAGCUUCCUGAAGACGAUGCGUGAGAAGACAGAGCGGGCCGUGGCCUUCCUGGAGGAACCAGAAGCUGAGCAGCUGAGGGAGGAGGUGGAUGCUCAUAGAUCCCAGCUAGAGGGCCUGAUGGCUGGGCUACGCACGGAGCACAGCUCCCUGGAGAAAUGCAUCUCCCUCUCCAAAGACUUCCUGGACAAGUACAAGGCCCAGGCACAGUGGCUCGCUGAGACCAAGGCUUUGUUAAGCUCACCCAUCGAGCUCAAAGCUGAGCUCUACCAGAAGAAGGCCCAGUUAGCCAAAUAUAAGACAAUCCAGCAGACAGUGCAGUCCCACGAGUCAGCGGUGAGGUCAGUGGUUGAGAAAGGAGAGGUUCUGCUGGAUAUGGUCUGUGACCCCACCAUCAGAGACAACAUGAACAGGUUGCAGACUGACUACCAGGAACUCUGCACUGCAGCCAAGAGCCAAGUCCAGAGUCUGGUGGAGUGGGUGAAGGAGCAUGAGUGCUACAACAGUGAGCUCCAGGAGGUGGAGAAGGGGCUCCUACAGAUGUCCAGUAGGCUGGUCACCUCAGACUCCAUGCAGACAUGUAGUAUGGAGACGGCCACACAACAACUGGCCCGCCACAAGGCAAUCAUGGAGGAAAUAGCUAGUUUUGAGGAGCGCCUGACCAGUCUGAAGGAGAAAGGAGAUGACUUGGUGUCCAGCUGUACAACAGACCAGAUGCAGGCUAAGACCAGCCAGCAGGUCAAGGCUCACCAUCAGGGCACCAGAGACAGCUACUCAGCCAUCUGCAGCAGCGCACAGUGUGUUUACCAGAGUCUGGACAGAGAACUGCAGAAGCAUGUCAGUCACCAGGACACUCUACAGCAGUGCCAGACCUGGCUCUCCACCGUCAAUGAGGAGCUACUGCUGCACUGUCAACCUCCCUUUGGCAUGCAGGAGGCUCUCAAACAGGUGAAGCACUACAGGGCUCUACAGGAGCAGGCCAGUACGUACCUGGACCUGGUGUGUUCUGUGUGUGACUUGUCUGAUGAUGCUGUGAGAUCCACCACUGCGGAAGUCCAGCAGGUCAAACACACGAUGGAGGAGAGGAUGUUGAGCUCCCAGGAGCUAUGUGAGGGCUGGAGGGAGAUAAAGGAGCAGAAGCAGGAGCUAUCUGAUCAGUUCCAGGACAUGGAGCAGCAGCUUCUCAGCCUCUCCAGAAGACCAGCGGAGCUCGAGACCAAGAUCGCCCUCAACAUGCUCACCCAGGCCAAGGAGUUUAGCCAACAGCUGCAGAAUAAACAAGCCACCCUAUCCAGGAUGACAGAGAGUGUGAGUCGUCUGACUGCGGGCCAGGACAGCCCGGAACAUGGAGAGAUAGGGCGUCUGAGCCAUGCCUGGCUGGGGCUGUUUCACCAAGCUAACAGGCUGAAAGGCCAGAGACAGGAGGACCUGCAGAGGAUCCAGGAGUACCACAACUGCAUCACAGCCAUGGAAGCACUUUUUGAGCAAAUGUCUAAGGAGUGGGAUAACCUGGCCAGGACUGAUGCUGAAAGUUCAUCUGAGCACUUGGAGGCGCUGAAGAAACUCGCCGUAGCUCUCGGAGACCAGAAGGGAACUCUGGAGGACCUGAAGGACCAGAGGCAGAAAGUCACCCACCACCUGAACCUGGAUGACAAGGAGCUGGUGAAGGAACAGAUCAGCCAUUUUGAGCAGCGCUGGGUUCAGCUGCAGAGCCUCAUCAACAGGAAGAUACAGGACUCGGUGCUGACCCUGGAGGACAUGGCCAAGGUGGAGGCCCGUCUAAGGGAGGCCAGGGAGUGGGCCGAAGAGCAGCAGCCAGGCCUUUCUGAAGCCAUGAAGAUGAGUCCUCCUCCAGAGUUGGCCCAAAGCUUCCUCUUCGACCACCUCAGCAUUUGCAGCGAACUGGAGGCCAAGCAGCUGCUUCUGGCCCAGGCCAUGAGUGAUGCUGACCGUCUCCUGGCUCACCUGGGGCUCAACGAGUGCCAGCACCUGCAGCAGCUCAUCUCAGACACUCAGGCCGAGGUGGAGUCACUCAGCGUGAAGGUGACUCAACGCAGGAAGCACCUCAGCAAGGCCUUCACUGAGAGGACCCAGUUCCUGCAGGCUGUCAACCAGUCCAUCACCUGGGUCCAGCAGAAUGAGAAGAAGGCCCAGGCGGAGGAGUACAUUGCACUGCUACCUGACGACCUGGCCAAGCAGGUUAAGGCCUGCAGGAACAUCCAGAGCAGCCUGAAGGCCUACCAGAGCGAGCUGACCUCCCUGUGGUCUCAGGGCAGAGACCUGAUGAAGGACGCCACGCAGGACGAGAAGGUGGAGAUGCUCACCAAGCUGCAGGAGCUGCAGAACAUCUUUGAAAAAGCCCUGCAGAAAUGUGUCCAGAGGCUCCAAGAACUGGACAAUGUGCUUGUCUCCAGGAAGUACUUCAAGGCAGACCUGGAAAAGACGUGUCAGUGGCUGAAACAAGCAGACAUUGUGACCUUCCCUGAGAUCAACCUCAUGAAUGGUGACUUGGAGCUGAACGUGCAGCUGUUGAAGUACCGGCAGAUAGUAGAGCAGGCGAUGGAAUAUGAAAACCUCUUACUGAUCGUCCAGAGAACUGGUCAGGAGAUCCUGCCCACUCUGAAUGAAGUGGACCACUGUUACUUGGAUGAGAAACUCAAUGCCCUGCCACAGAAAUACAACAGCAUACUGGCUCUGGCCAAAGAGAAACAGGAGAAGAUCGAGCAGGCCAUCCUAGCCAGAAAGGAGUACGCCUCCUUCAUAGACGUGACUCAUAAAGCAUUGAAAGAGCUUGAGGAGCAGUUCCAUAACUUAGGGUUGCAGCCUGUUGGUCUGCAGACAGAGGAGGUUGUGAAUUUACUGAGUGACUACAAAGCUCUUCAGGUAGAUCUGGGCAACCUUGGUCUGGCUGUCAGCGAACUGAACCAGAAGAAAGAAGGCUUCCGCAGCACCGGUCAACCCUGGAGACCUGAAGAGUUGACCCAGCUGGUGAGUCUUUACAAUGGGCUCAAGAGGCUCAUCGAACAGCGGGUGGAGCAUCUCGACGACACACUGGAGUCCUUCGAGGACCACAAGGCCAUGGCCAUGCAGGUGGACUCUGAGCUAAAGGCUACCAAAGAAGAGCUAGUCAAGGUCAACGCAGAGACCCAGUCGGCGGAGGAGAGGCUGAAGAAUUACCAUGCCCUGGCUGGGAGUCUUCAGAGCGCCAGCUCUCACCUGUCCAGACUCAUGGAGCAGAUGGAUAACUUGGCUCCUCAGCUGGACAAGGCUGCCCAUGACGCUUCCAGGGAACAGGUGGUCCUUUGGCAGGAGGAGCUGCAGUCCCUACAGUCUGCUGUAGGGGAGCUGAUAGUGGAGUGUGAGAAUAGGUUUGUCCAGAGUAAAGACUUUGAGACGGAGGUGAAGAGAACGCUAGACUGGCUGCAGCAUAUCAGGGAUGAGCUGGGCUGUGCUGUGGUAGUGGUGGACGUGAGGGUAGAAAAGGUCCAGGAAGAGAUCAGGAAACAGCAGAUAAUGCAGGAUGAGGUUCAGUCCAGGCUGAGGAUCGUGGAUGCCCUGAGCAGUAGGGAGAAACAGAAGUACACCAGCGCCAACGAACUGGUCCCAGCCCACGUUGACCUGAGCCUGGAGGAGAUGGCCAAGCUACAGGCUGAUGUACAGCAAGCAAUGAGUUCCAAACAGAUCACCCUGGAGCAGGCCUUGGCGUUGUGUCAGAAGUACCACUUCCGGAUGCAGUCUGCGUGUGAGUGGCUGGAGGACGCUGUGGCCUUCCUACAACUGGCCAGCCUGGGUGUGGACGUAGAGAACUAUGAAGAGUGUCUCCGCCAGCAGGAGGACAUCCUGGCCUCAGAGCAGAAGUUCUUAGACCACCUGCAGGAGUUGGAGGCUCUGCCCCCCCAGCUGGAGAACCUGGUGAACCCCACAGCCAAGGAACAACUCAGACUGAAUGUGGAGUCUGCUCAGCAGAAAGGAGUGGAGGUCCGGGAUCAGCUGCAGAAUCACCAGGACGUCCUAAUCAGCUGUGUGGCCAAGUGGAAGUCUUACCAGGAGGCGAGGCAGACGGUGAUUGAACUGAUGAACGAGGCAGAGCAGAAGCUUACUGAGUUUUCCACUGCAAAGGCUGCCACCUUUCUGGAGGCCGAGGAGAAACUCAGGAGUCACAGGUCCCUGGUGUUGAUGGUGAAUGGGUUCCAGGAGAAGCUGACAGGGCUGGAGGAGCAGGCAUCACAACUGGAGCUGGUGGGUAGUGAGGCCAGCAAGGCCACCAUCAGCCGCUCCAUGACCACGGUGUGGCAGCGCUGGACCCGGCUUCGCAGCGUGGCGCGAGGGCAGGAGAGGGUACUGGAGGACACGGCCCAGGAGUGGGGGACCUUCAGAGAGAAGAUGGUGAAGCUGAGGAGCAUGGUGGAGGAUCUACAGAGCCAUAUUAUAGACUGUGUUGUGGAGAAGGCCUCCAAGGCUACCCUACAGUCUGUGUUGGACCAGCAUGAGCUGCUAAUCCAGGAUGUAGAGAGAGAGCUGUCCUCCCUCACCCUGCUGCGUCAGUAUGCCCUCAGCCUGCUCCAUGAUGUGGAGGUCCCUUCACCAUCGCCCACCUCUGGACAGGACGAACUACCCAGUCUCAAGGAGAUCAGAGCAGUACAAGACCACCUGGAAAGUCUGCUGCAGCAGGCGCAGACCAAGCGUACCCAGGCUGGGGUGGAGCUGGGGGACAGAGAGGGGGUAGAGAAGAACCUGAGUGUGGUCAAAGCCUGGAUCCAGGAGACCAGAGAGCUGCUCCCCAACCCCACCUCAGAUAUAGAUGCUCUGCUGCAGGAGCUGGAGGUGGUUCACGGUGAUGUGAUUGGCUACCGUCAGCAUGUGGAUAAGAUAGCAGAGCAGCAGCAGAGCAAGUAUCUGGACCUGUACACCAUACUGCCCUCAGAGAUCUCCAUGCAGCUGGCUGAGGUGUCCCUAGCACUGGGGGCCAUCCAGGACCAGGUUCUGUCCAAAGAGAAAGAGAUCCAGAAGACAAGAGACAUCAAGGAGGACAUCAGUUCCAGGAUCCAUGACGUGUCGGAGAAGAUGAAAGCCAUCUCCACCAGUCUCAAUGACAAAGCCAGCGAUGUCCAUCACGCUAAAGACGAGACCAAGUGUCUUUGUGAUGAUCUGGAGAGCUGUCAUCGGACUCUGUCAGAGCUGGAUGCUGCGGUCCAGGAGUUCGACAGACGGAACCCCAUCUUGGCCAAACAGCUGAGUGAUGCCAUCGUCAAGUUAGGAGACAUCCACCACCACACUGCCAGACUGGCAGAGUGUAGAUCCAUCUGGCUCAAAAAGGCAGGGACCCAUCUAGAGGAGUACAAUGAGAUGCUGGACUUCAUAGUGAGGUGGUCGGAGAAAGCCAAGGGCCUGGUGAGGGCCAACAUCAUCUGGAACUCCUCCUCUCAUCUGCAGGAACAGAUAAGGAUGGACGAGUCCGUGCUGCGUGAAUCUCGAGAGCUCCAUGGGGACCUGCAGGCCAUGGGAGAGAAGGUGGAUCUGCUGUCUGAGGUGCUGCAGACGGAGAACAUGUCCCAGCAGGUGUGUGAGCUGAGCCGCCACACCGAGGAGCUCCAGCAGACCAUCAGGACACGGCUGCAGAGCCUUCAGGACGCAGCCAAGAGUAUGGAGCCUCUGGAGUAUGAGGUGAAGACCCUACAAGUGGCUCUGGAACAGGUCCAAGCUACACUGACCUCUCCUGAUCUUUCCCGACAGAGUCUCAAAGAACAACUGGCCCAGAGACAGCGUCUGCUGUCAGAGAUGGAGGGCUUCAAGCUGCAGGUGCAGACGGUGCAGCUGUGUCAGAGCGCCCUGCGCGUCCCAGAGGAGGUGAUGCCUGACCUGGCUAUCUGUCACACGGCACUGGGCCUACAGCAGGAGGCCAGCCAGCUACAGCAUGUCGUAAUACAGCAGUGCAACAUUCUACAGGAGGCUGUUGUGCAGUAUGAGCAGUAUGAGCAGGAGGCGAAGCACUUCCAGGGGCUAAUAGAGGAUGCCCACAGGGUCAUCCAGGACCGACCCAUUCCCACCAGCACUAUCCAGGAACUGCAGGCUCAGAUCCUACACCAUGAGGAGCUGGCCCAGAAAAUCAAGGGUUACCAGGAGGAGAUAGCCAGUCUGAAUUCGAAGUGUAAGAUGCUGACUGUGAAGGCCAAACAUGACACCAUGCUACUCACUGUGAGUGACACGGAGCGGGUGGGGCUUACCGUGGAGGACCUGGAUGGAGACAUAGACAAACCAUCUGUUCUUAUGAUGACGGCUGGCCGCUGUCACACCCUUCUGUCCCCGGUCACCGAGGAGUCUGGGGAGGAGGGUACCAGCAGUGAGAUCUCCUCUCCUGUCUGUCGCUCCCCUUCUCCCAGCACUCACACACAGAUGGGACGAGACACCCUCCUCAGAGCUCCCGUACAGGAGCUAAAUGACCCGAUGUUUGAAUCUGAGGCUAACCUAGAUGACCUUCAACGCUCCUGGCAGACCCUGGAGAAUGUGAUCAGUGAGAAGCAGAGGUCUCUGUAUGAGGCGCUGGAGAAGAAGCAGUGCAACCAGGGUUCUCUUCAGUCUAUCUCCUCUAAGAUGGAGGCCAUCGAGGCCAAACUCAACAAGCCACUGGAGGCUGACAGAAGCACAGAUAGUCAUAUGGAAGCCCAUCAGGCCGUGGUGGAGGAGGUUCAGAGGCUGCAGGAGGAGAUAGACAAGCUGCAGACCAGCUUCUCAGACAAGCUUGGUUCUGAUGCUGUGGACGACACGGCCCACCAGCUGGCCAUGCAGUCCACCCUCACUGUCCUGUCUGAGAGGAUGGCCACCAUACAGAUGAAGGCCUCAGGAGAACGACAGCUACUGGAGGAGCGUGUCAGUGACCGUCUAGAGGAUCAGCAUCAGGAGCGUGUCAGUGACCGUCUAGAGGACCAGCAUCAGGACCGUGUCAGUGACCGUCUAGAGGACCAGCAUCAGGACCGUGUCAGUGACCGUCUAGAGGACCAGCAUCAGGAGCGUGUCAGUGACCGUCUAGAGGACCAGCAUCAGGACCGUGUCAGUGACCGUCUAGAGGACCAGCAUCAGGAGCGUGUCAGUGACUGUCUAGAGGACCAGCAUCAGGACCGUGUCAGUGACCGUCUAGAGGACCAGCAUCAGGAGCGUGUCAGUGACCGUCUAGAGGACCAGCAUCAGGAGCGUGUCAGUGACCGUCUAGAGGAGGAGCAUCAGGACCGUGUCAGUGACCGUCUAGAGGACCAGCAUCAGGAGCGUGUCAGUGACCGUCUAGAGGACCAGCAUCAGGACCGUGUCAGUGACCGUCUAGAGGAGCAGCAUCAGGAGCAGACCUUACGACAUUACCUCAACCAAGCCGACCAGAUGGACCAAUGGCUGCUCAGCACCCGCGAAGCCCUCCGUCCCAGUGCUGAGGAGGAGCAACUCAUAGACGGCCAGAACAUGCUGCAGGAGAUCGAGCAGAAGGUGGUGGCCCUGUCGGAGCUGACCAUGCGCAGCGAGAGCCUGCUACUGGAGGGAAGGCAGGAGACACGGAUGGACAUGAGGGAGGACACAGAGCAGCUGGCCAGGAAGCUGCGGACGCUGAAGGGAAGUCUGCUGGAGCUGCAGAGGAUGCUGCAGGACAAACACAUCAACAUCCAGGACCAGGAGGAGAGUGAGUCUGACUCCACUCUGUCUCAUGGGCCCAUCGUGCAGGACUGCCUGGUCCAGGCCCACACCACACUCUCACAACACCACCAGGACAGCCUCCAGAGACAGAGGGAGCUGGAGGAGCAGCUAGCUGAACAGAAGAAGCUGUUACAGUCUGUAGCCAGUAGAGGAGAGGAGAUCCUGAUAAAGCAGGCCUCACCUAGCAGUGUCAGUAUGACGGAGCCCUGCUCUCCAGAGAUACUGCUGGAGCGAGAGACCCGGGCUGCCCAGUACCAGAUGAGACAGAGGUGGGACAGCCAGAGGAAAGAACUGAGCACCAAGCUCCAGCUCCUACAGAAAACCCUGGAACAAGACCACAAGCAACAGGUUUCCUGCAGAACUGCCGCUGGGACCCUGUUUAAAGCAGAGAUCUGUAAAACAGAGGACACAUCUUCACUGAAGAUGUUAUAUGAGGGUUUCAGCCAAACGAUGGAGGAGAUGUCUUGUCAACCUGGGGCCUCUGAGGGUAAGGUGAUCCCCAUGGAGCAGCAUCUCUACCAGGCUGUGUCAGCGACCUCCUCCUGGCUGGAUGAUGUAGAGAACACCCUGUUCUCUGGUCCUACGCUGCUGACGGAGAACGCUGAGACACAGCUACAAAACCAGGAGGCCUUAGGGAGGGAUGUCAGUGAGGUGACUGGGGUGGUGAGCCACAGUCGGGGUCACCUAGGCCAACCUACAGGGCUGUGUGCGGAGGACCAGGUCCUGUUAGAGGACACACUGGACUGUCUGACAGAGAGGCUGCAAACUCUGGACUCUGCCCUGGAGCGACGCUGUGAACACAUGAGGACUAGGAUGCAGGAACUCACUGCCUACCAGACGGAGUCACAGCUUGUCCUUGCUGAUUUAACCGACACCAAGUGCCAGAUCCUUCAGACGUUGGCGGGAGCCACGGACAGACCAGGAUCCAAACAGCUUGAGGUCAUAGCUGAGGCUGAGGAGGGUUUGAGAGAGUUUGAGCAGAGGAUCACCCAGCUGAAAACAAGGGGAACAGAACUACAGGCAGAACAGAUGUCCACCAAUGAGAUGCUCAAGCUACAGGAUGCCUAUGAGGAGUUGGUGAUGACGGUGGGCUCGCGGCGUAGCAGCCUGAACCAGAACAUGGCUCUGAAGGGGCAAUAUGAGAGGGCUCUGCAGGACCUGGCUGACCUGGUGGACACUGCUCAAGACAAGAUGGCCGGCGACCAGAGGGUCAUCGCCAGCUCUGUGGAGGAAGUUCAGAUUCUCCUUGACAAACACAAGGAGUUCUUCCAGAGUCUGGAGUCCCACAUGAUCCUGACGGAGACGUUCUUCAGGAAGAUCAGUGGCCUGGUGGUUCCCAGAGAGAAGCAGGCUCUGGAGGAGAUACUGACCCUGGCCCAGGGAGUCCUCAAACAGGCCCACAGGAGAGGGGUGGCGCUGGAGUACAUACUGGAGACUUGGAGCCGUCUGGUGCCGGACUACCAGGCUCUGUGUAUGCAGUUGGAGGCAGUGGAGGGUAGCAUCCCCACAGUGGGCCUGGUGGAGGAGACAGAGGAGAGCCUCACUGAGAGGAGUUCACUCUAUCAGAGUCUGAAGGGCAGAAUGAUGGAGCACCAGCACAAGCUGAGCCAGGUGCUGGAGGAGGGGAAGAGGCUGCAGCUAUCUGUGUGCUGUCCUGGCCUGGACACAAAGCUCACAGUGCUAGGGGAACACUGGCUCAGCAACACUACCAAGGUCAACAAGGAGCUGCAGAGACUAGAGGCCAUCCUCAAACAUUGGACCAGGUAUCAGAAGGAGUCAUCAGAGUUGAUUGGCUGGCUGCAGUCUGCUCUAGAACGUCUGGACUUCUGGAACAAUCAGGCAGUCGUAGUUCCACAGGAGAUGGAGACCCGCAGGGACCAUCUCUCUACCUUCCUGGACUUCUGUAAAGAGGUGGAGUCGCGUUCAUCUCUGAAGAAUUCUGUGCUGACUGAGGGCAACCAGCUUCUGAGGCUGAAGAGGGUUGGAACUGCAGCCCUGCGGUCUGACCUGGCCCGCAUAGACUCAGAGUGGACCCAACUACUCACACUCAUCCCAGGGGUGCAGGAGAAGCUACACCAGUUACAAAUGGAGAAGUUGGCCUCUACGCAUGCCAUCUCUGAGCUGGUCAACUGGAUAUCUCUGAUGGAGAAUGUGAUUGGAGAGGACGAAGAGAACCUGAAAGGAGCAGUGGGGUCGACUGUCAUCCAGGACUAUCUACAGAAAUACAAGGGCUUCAGAGUUGAUGUGCGCUGUAAGCAGCUGACGGUGUAUUUUGUGAACCAGUCUGUGCUCCAGAUCAGUGAUCAGGAUGUGGAGAGCAGGCGCAGCGACCAGACAGACUUUGCCGAGAAGCUGGGAGUAAUGAACCGGCGCUGGCAGUUACUACAGGGACUCAUCACGGAGAGGGUCCAGUUCCUGGAGACUCUGCUGGAGGCCUGGUUGAACUAUGAGAACAACAUACAGGGCCUGAAGACCUGGCUGCUCACUCAGGAGGGGAGGCUGAAGAGGAAACCCAGGAUAGAGGACCUAACCUCCGUACAGAACGCUCUCAAUGACUGCCAGGAGAUGGAGGAGAAGGUGAAGGAGAAGGAGGGUGAGGUGGAGCGGGUGGAGGAGCAGGCCUGUGCCCUCAUCCAGAACAAAACCGACGAGGCCUGCGCUGUCGUCAUGGAGACGCUCCAAGCUGUCAAUCACACCUGGGCUAACCUGGACCACCUGAUCGGCCAGCUGAAGAUCAGCCUCGUGUCAGUGCUGGACCAGUGGAGUCUGUACAAGUUGUCCUCAGAGGAGAUGAAUGGCUACCUGAUGGAGGGGAGGUACUCUGUGUCCCGUUUCCGCCUCCUCACCGGCUCCCUGGAGGCUGUACAUCUACAGGUGGAGAGUCUCCAGAGCCUACAGGAGGAACUGGAGAAGCAGGAGGGCAGUCUGAGGAAGUUUGGCUCUGUGACACACCAGCUGCUGAAUGAGUGCCACCCGUCUGUGUCCAACUCCCUCAACAAUACCCUGAAGGACGUCAACGCUAGGUGGAGCAGUCUCCUGGAAGAGAUCUCAGAGCGUCUGAAGAGCAGCAAAGCCCUGCUACAGCUGUGGCAGCACUACAAGGAGCUGUAUGGAAAGAGUAGCUCCAGUGUCCAGCUACAAGAGGAGCAGGCUGACCGACUCCUGGAGACCGCCUGCACCAAGGACAUCACAGACGAGGAGGUCUCCACCUGGAUCCAAGACUGCAGCGAGUUGCUUCGUGCCCAGGCUCCAGUGAAGGCAUCUCUACAGGUUAUUCAGGAGCUAGGAGAUCAGCUGAAGCAACAGGUGGACACCUCCACAGCAUCCGCCGUCCAGUCAGACCACCUCUCUCUGACCCAGCGCCUGGCCACUGUGGAGCAGGCCCUCAGCAGACAGCUCACUACACUACAGACGGGAGUCCAGGACUAUGAGACCUUCAGUGAGCAGCUGGGUUCCUUAAGUCGCUGGAUGGUGGAGGGAGAAGAGGCUCUGAAGAUCCAGGAUCCCAACAGUUCUUCUGACCUGUCCAUCAUACAGGACCGAAUGGAGGAACUCAAGAGACAGAUCUUGAGAUUCAGUAGCAUGGCUCAUGACCUGGGGCGUCUCAACGAGCUGGGCUACAGGCUUCCUCUCAACGACAUUGAGAUCAAACGCAUGCAGAACCUUAACCGUAGCUGGUCUGCAGCCAACGCCCAAACCACUGAGAGGUUCAGCAAACUGCAGUCAUUCCUGCUGCAGCAGCAGACGUUCCUGGAGAAGUGUGAGACGUGGAUGGAGUUCCUGGUACAGACAGAGGGGAAGCUGGCCGUGGAGAUCUCUGGGAACUACCAGAGUCUGAUGGAGCAGCAGAGAGCGCACAAACUAUUUCAGGCUGAGAUGUUCAGCCGUCAGCAGAUCCUCCACUCUAUAAUCAGUGAUGGCCAGAGGAUGCUGGCGCAGGGACAGGUGGAUGACAGGGAUGAAUUCAACCGGAAGUUGUUGCUGUUGAGUAACCAGUGGCAGGGCGUUGUGCGUCGCGCCCAGCAAAGGCAGGGUAUCAUCGACAGCCUGAUCCGCCAGUGGCAACGUUACAGGGAUAUGUCAGAGAAGCUGAGGAAAUGGCUAGUGGAGAUCUCACACCCCGCCGAGGCCCUACUGGCUGGGGCGCCCGUACCCCUGCAGCAGGCCAGAUCCAUGAUGGAUGCAGUUCAGCUGAAAGAGAAGGUCCUACAGCGACAGCAGGGCUCUUACAUCCUGACAGUCGAAGCUGGGAAGCAGCUGCUCCUAUCUGCAGACAGCAGGGCAGAGGUGUCUCUGCAGGGAGAGCUCACAGACAUCCAGGAACGCUGGAGACACGCCACCAUCUGCCUGGAGGAACAGAGGCGUGAGCUGGACAAGCUGGACAAGGACUGGGAGACAUGUGAGAGAGGCAUCGAGGGUUCUCUGGAGAAGCUGAGGAAGUUGAAACGGCAGUUCUCUCAGUCCCUCCCUGAUCACCACGAGGACUUGCAAGCGGAACAGAUGCGAUGCAAGGACUUGGAGAAGACGUUUGAUGGCUGGACAGAAGACCUAGCCCACCUAACGGUGCUGAGGGAGUCCCUGUCUAGCUACAUCAGUGCUGAGGACCUGUCUGUUCUACAGGAACGUAUGGAGCUUCUGCACCGCCAGUGGGAGGAGAUCUGUCACCAGCUAUCCCUGCGGCAGCAGCAGGUGGGUGAGAAGCUGAGUGAGUGGGCUGUGUUUAAGGAGAAGAACAGGGAGCUCUGUGAUUGGCUUACCCAAAUGGAGAGCAAGGUCUCUCAGAAUGGAGACGUCAGAAUCGAGGAGAUGAUCGAGAAGCUACGCAAGGACUACUAUGAGGAGAUAGCGGUGGCUCAGGAGAACAAGCAGCAGCUGUACCAGCUGGGGGAGAGACUGGCCAAGGCCAGCCAUGAGAACAAGGCAUCUGAGAUAGAACACAAACUCAGCAUGGUGGGCGAGCGCUGGCAACACCUGCUGGACCUCAUUGGAGCCAGGUUGAAGAAGCUGAGGGAGACUCUGGUGGCAGUGCAGCAGCUGGAUAAGAACAUGAUUAGUCUGCGGUCCUGGCUGACCCACAUAGAGACUGAGCUGUCCAGACCCAUCCUAUACGACACCUGUGACUCCCAGGAGAUACAGCGGAAGCUGGACCUGCAGCAGGAGCUUCAGCGUGACAUAGAGAAGCACAGCACAAGUGUGGCGUCUGCGUUGAACCUGUGUGAGGUGUUGUUACACGACUGUGACGUCUGUGCCACAGACACAGAGUGUGAUUCCAUCCAGCAGACCACCAGGAACCUGGACCGCCGUUGGAGGAGAAUCUGUGCCCUGUCCAUGGAGAGGAGGCUCAAGAUUGAAGAGACAUGGCGUUUAUGGCAGAAGAUCAUAGAAGACUUUAUGCGUUUUGAGGAGUGGUUAGUGACCUCAGAGAAGACCGCUGCUCUACCCAACUCUUCAGGAGUACUGUACACAGUGGCCAAGGAAGAACUCAAGAAGUUUGAGGCAUUUCAGUGUCAGUCCCAUGAGAGCCUGACCCAGCUGGAGACGAUCAAUAAACAGUACCGCCGUCUGGCCAGGGAGAACCGCACAGACUCCUCCUGUCGCCUCGGGGAAAUGUCCCACGACGGGAACCAGCGCUGGGAUAACCUGCAGAAGAGGGUGGCCUCCAUCCUCCGCAGGCUCAAGCACUUUGUCAGUCAGCGUGAGGAGUUUGAGACGGCCAGAGACAGCGUCGUGGUGUGGCUCACCGAGAUGGAUCUGCAGCUCACCAACAUAGAACACUUCUCAGAGUGUGACAUCCGAGCCAAGAUCAAACAGCUACGGGCGUUCCAGCAGGAGAUUUCUCUGACCACGGGGAAGGUCGAGCACAUCUUCCACCAGGGAGAGGUGCUGCUGCAGAAGAGUGAGCCUCUGGACGCUGCUGUUAUAGAGGAGGAGCUGGAGGAGCUGCGGAGAUACUACCAGGAGGUGUUUGGACGCGUGGAGCGUUACUAUAAGAAGCUGAUCCGACUACCGCUGACAGGAGAAGAGUACGAUGUGUCAUUCUCGGACAAGGAGAUUGAACUGGAUGAACCUGGAGACCUGUCCAGCAUUCCCUGGAGUGAACGUCUUGGAGACUGCUUGAGCUCCCCUCUGCCCUCCCUGACUGCCCCCCUCCGUACUGGGGCUGAGCGCUCGGGCAUGGGCACCCCAGCCAGCAUGGACUCCAUCCCCCUGGAGUGGGACCAUGACUACGACCUGAGAAAGAGGCUGGAGAGUGCCAGCGGGGCUCUGGGACUGGCCUCUGAGCACGAGGAGCACGGAGAGAAGGGGAACUACCAGGGAUCAGCUUCUGCUUCCGCUCUGUCAGGAGAGGGAGGUACCCUGGACAGCCACAUCCUUCAGUUGGACAGGGUUCUGGACCCCAGUCAGUUACACCUGCAACAGACAGAGAACGUCAUCCGUAGCAGAACCCCCACCGGGCCAGAGCUGGAUGCAUCAUACAUGGGAUAUAUGCGUCUACUGGGAGAGUGUCGUAGCAGUAUAGACACGGUGAAGAGGGUUGGCUACGAACUGAAGGGGGAGGGGGAAAAGGCCUCAGGACUUGCUGACCCCAUUGAUGAUGAUUCACAAACAACAGGUGUGAUACAGCGCUGGGAGUUGCUGCAGGCCCAGGCCCUCAGUAAAGAGAUGCGUCUGAAGCAGAACCUUCAGCAGUGGCAGCAGUUCAACUCUGACCUCAACGCUGUGUGGGCGUGGCUGGAGCAGGCAGGGGAGGAGCUAGAGCAGCAACGGAGGCUGGACCUCAGCACCGACAUCCAGACCAUCGAGCUGCGCAUCAAAAAACUGAAGGAGCUGCAGAAGGCUGUUGACAAGCGUAAGGCCACAGUGCUGUCCAUCAACCUGUGCAGUGCAGAGUUUGUCCAGUCCGCCACAGAAGAGUCCCAGGACCUGCAGGCUAGGCUGAAAGAGAUGAACAACCGCUGGGACAGAUUUGGCACCUCUCUGGGAGAGUGGAGGGCAGCGCUACAAAAGGCCCUUAUGCAGUGUCACGACUUCCAUGAGAUGAGUCACGGCCUGCUACUGUGGCUGGAGAACAUUGACCGCAGGAGGAAUGAGAUUGUUCCCAUUGACCCCAUCCAGGACAGCAACACCCUCCAUGAGCACCACAAAACACUCCUGAAAAUCCGCUGUGAGCUGCUAGACACCCAGAGGAAGGUGUUGUCCCUGCAGGACAUGUCCCUGCAGCUGCUGGUCAACAGCGAGGGCAGUGACUGUCUGGAGGCCAAGGAGAAGGUUCACGUCAUCGGGAACCGCCUCAAACUGCUCUUCAAGGAGGUGACCAGAGACCUCAAAGAGCUGGAGAAGAUUCUGGACAUGAACAGCAGCCAACAGGAUCUGUCUACGUGGUCGUCAGCUGAUGAGCUAGACUCCACCUCUGGUUCCAUAAGCCCGGUGUCGGGCAGGAGCACGCCAAGUCGCCGUCGAUCGCAACGGGGCAAAUGUAGUAUGUCACAGCAGACCUCUGGACCCUCUGUGAGCAGUCCACACAGAUCACACAGGUAUCCCGUCGUUGGGUCCGCUUCCUCCCCUUCUGAGGGGAAAUCAUCAUCGUCAUCGUCACGUUUCCUGUACCGCGUCCUACGGGUGGCGGUGCCCCUCCAGUUGCUGUUCCUCUUGCUGCUGGUGGUCAUGGUCUGCCUGGUGCCAGUGUGCGAGGGGGAUUUCGACUGCAGCCAGUCCAAUAACUUUGCCCGUUCCUUCCACCCGAUGCUACAAUACACCAACGGGCCCCCUCCUGUAUAGUCUUUCAUGACAGACCAUUUGGUUCUGGGUGCCGAGCGAGAUUACAGCCUGGCCCUUGGUAUGGAGACGAACCUGAGGAGGAUAGUUGGGCUUUUUGAACUUCUUGACUGUUGGGGAUUUCAACUCUAUGGGUCUCUCUCUUUUCAUUUGCAGCUUCCAUGAAGAAUAGAGAUAUGGCGUUCCGUCAUUCUGCAUCUUGUGUUGCCGUGCAUAAGCAAGCAUCAUAGGAUGCCAAAACCUUAGUUAUAUCUUCUUUGUUCUGUAUGGAUGAAGUACAGCAGCACUCUUAACUUGUCUUUUCACUCGUGUCUUCUUUUAGUUUUCCGUUAUGUUGUAUGUAUAGACGAAGAAACGUCUUAGGGGCAGCAAAUGUAAGAACCAAAAAUGUUUGUGACGGCAGUCAGUGGAUAUCCCCUGGAUGCCAUGUGAUGCCAUUUGUCCUCUAGUUCAAUGCAGAGCAUAUACUCUGUGAAUGUGCCUGUUGUAACAAUUGAACACUUGUGAAAUAACAUUUUAAGAUGACUUAUAUUGCAAUAUUUUUUUUUUACAUGUGUUUUGGCAUGCGGUUAUCAUCUUUGCUUAUGGGUGUGUCCGUGAUGAAUAUUUGAUUUUUAAUCUGAAUUAUACCUGGGCGUAAGAAUCUAUUUAGUCUGAAUUGUGUAUUGAAUGUGUAUGUAAAAGAAAGGCCGUAAUGAAGAGUUAUUUGCUAUAAACUGUUUAAAAGCAUAAGAAACAUUGAAAAUAAUGUACUGAACACUCAUUUUUAUUUUUCUAGCUGAAAAUAUGGAUUCUACAAACAAACUAUUAAUCAACAGUGUAACGAAUUAUAAAACUGUAUAUUUUCUAUGGCUCUGUGUGUUUAGUAUUAAAUGUACAACAGUCCAGGAUUACUUAACAUAUUCUGUACAUAAUAUAAAUGUAUAUCAAUAAUCUAUAUCUGACCCUAAAUUACAAAUAUUGAAUGCCAAAUUCUCA